AUGGCCAACAUCACACAGAAGCUGCUCUGUCCACUCUUGGAGGAGAUGAUCCAGCUUCCAAGCCACAGCAACUCUAGCAUCCGCUAUAUUGACCACGUGUCGGUGGUGCUGCAUGGGCUGGCAGCGCUGCUGGGUGUGACGGAGAACGGACUCAUCCUGUUUGUGGUGGGCUGUCGCAUGCAGCAGACGGUGGUCACCACCUGGGUGCUGCACCUGGCACUAUCCGACUUGCUAGCCUCCACCUCCCUGCCCUUCUUCACCUACUAUCUGGCAGUGGGUCACUCGUGGGAGCUGGGUACCACCUUCUGCAAGUUCCAUUCCUCGGUCUUCUUUCUCAACAUGUUUGCCAGCGGCUUCCUGCUCAGCGCCAUCAGCCUGGACCGCUGCCUGCAGGUGGUGCGGCCGGUGUGGGCACAGAACCACCGCACGGUGGCGGUUGCGCACAGAGUCUGCCUGAUGCUCUGGGCUCUGGCAGUGCUAAACACAGUACCCUAUUUUGUGUUCAGGGACACCAUCACUAGGCUGGUGGGCCGCAUCAUGUGCUAUUACAACAUGCUGCUCUUGAACCCGGGGCCAGACCACGAGGCCACAUGCAACUACCGCCAGAAGGCCCUGGCAGUCAGCAAGUUCUUGUUGGCCUUCGUGGUGCCUCUGGCCAUUAUUGCCUUGAGCCACGUGGCCGUGAGCCUGCAACUGCGCCACCGCGGCCGCCAGAGGACAGGCCGCUUCGUGCGUCUGGCUGUCACCACGCAAAGGCACCUCGCCUUACGUGGGCUGCCCUUCGUCACCAGCCUGGCUUUCUUCAACAGUGUGGUCAAUCCCCUGCUUUACGUGCUCACCUGUCCGGACAUGAUGCACAAACUAAAGCGCUCCCUGCUCGCGGUGUUUGAAAGCGUGUUGGUGGAGGACAGCGACUUGAGUGGUGGGUCUGGCAGCCGCCGCCGCCGGGCCUCCUCCACUGCCACCUCAACCUCCACCCUCCUGCUGGCGGGCCGCCUUCCCCCGUUGCAUCCUUCAGGCUUGAUCCGCUGGAUGCGGGGUGGUGGUACAAAGUCCCAGCAGAGAGUCCCAGUGCAGUCCCUGGAGAAGCAAGGCUCACUGAACCACGCUCUGAGCUCCACCUCGGAUUAG